GUUUAGUAGUUGCAGAAGACUAAAACCAUUUGGAUUAAUUUAUUCGAUCCGGUUUUAUUAUGGAUAUUUCGGCGUUAUCGGAGCCUAGCUUCAGUGCAGCCGAUUGGAUAAAUGCCAACUACAAGAAGUAUGCCGAAGAAAAUGGUAAAAAAGACGGCGGAACUGCCACAUCAUUCAUCCAAAGCUACGUGGCCAAGUUGCAGCUGUAUGUGCAGCAAGUGAACUAUGCUGUUGAAGAAUCCAGCCAGCAGGUUGUGGCUAAUAUGCCGCGUAUUGCCAAGGAAGCGGCCACUCUGCAAUGUGAUGUCGCCAUGUUGCAGCAAAAGAUGCGAACAAUGCGUCAAGAAGUGGCAGCGGUGCAGGAGGAGACAGGAGACUGCAUGGCCACGUUGGAGCGUUUGAAUACAUUGCAAACCAAACUACAGGCUGCAAAGGAAUCGCUACAAGAGUCAGACGGCUGGGGCAACCUGCUUUCUGAACUGGAGGACUGUUUUGAGCGCAACGAUUUAAAGGGCGUAUGCGACAAGCUGACAGCGCUCCAGAAAUCACUGCAUGCACAGGAACAGCUGCCUGGGCAUGCUGAACGUCAGACACAAGUGGAGGACUUUAAGAAUCGACUCGAGGCCAUGGCAUCGCCUAGUUUGGUGCAGUGUUUCGCCGAGUCCAAUUUGGAGCAGUCGCAAAAGCAUGUCCAGAUCUUUAGCAGCAUUCAGCGACUGCCCCAGUUGCAUCAAUACUAUCGCGCCGUUCAAAAGAACGUGCUACAGCUGCAGUGGAAGCAAGCUCUGGAGUUGCAAAUAACCGAUUCACAGCAGACCCCACAUCAGCAUUUCUUGACACACUUCUAUGACCAACUAUUGGAGCACUGUCAACGCCAGUUAAAAUGGUGCGUUCAACUAUUCGGGGACGACUCGUCAUCGGAAGUGGCUCAAUCACAACCAUUCCUGGUAAUUGCUGAGCUGCUGCCGGCCCUGCAACCAACACGAGACACUCACAUUCUACAGUUGCUGAAGACAUCGAAUGAACGGCUGGAGCUGCUGGGGCAAUAUGCACAGGCGAAUCAAAGCUUUGUGCUGCAUCUCAAUUCCAUAUUGCAACAGUCCAACAUUGUGCUGCCCAGUGAUUUGCAUCGUCAGCUGGGGGAGGCCAUUUUUGAGUAUUUCCAUAAGUUUAUAAAUCAAUAUCCGCGUCUUGAGGAAACACAGCUAUCGACGCAAGUGGAUAAGCUGCUGUCGAAGCAGGCAACGCCCAGCGAUGCAGUACAUCAUCUCGAGGACAGCACACGCAAACUUUAUGAAUGGCUGCAACAGGCAUGCGCUCGCUGUGCAUCGAUAACCAACGAUCUUGCCCUAUGCAAGCUCAUCACGGUGCUUAAUGGCAUCUUCAAGCGUCAGCUGGAGAAUUUCAGUCGCACUCAACGUCAGUUGAGUCUCAGUCUGGGUAGUAAUGGUGCAACGGGCACAGGAGCAGCACGUAGCGAGAAUUGGUCACUGCUGCAGUACACUAUGUCACAACUGCAAUGUCUCACGGACUUUCUGCUGCGACUCCAUCAAUUCGAGCAGACUCUGCACACUCGCAUGACGACGUUGGCCAAUCGACUGCAAGUAGCUGCUGAUGGACAUGCCAUUGACAUUUAUCAGACCUGUGAACGCUCGGCACACACUCAGUUGCUCGCGAGCAUAGCUGAUUAUCAAGCGAAGCGCGCCGACGCAUCAGCAGCCACAUCGGCAGACAGUCUGGGUAUCUUCCCGCAGAUCUAUGGCACACUCAAGACCUAUCUGGCAGAAACGCAUGACAUUACACUGAACAUAUUGCUGCAGCCAAUCGAAGUGCAUCUGGCGCACAUACGGCCACCCGUGGAAUCACAUACCUCGGCUGGCAUCAACAUGCCUGCCUUUAGCUUUGCACCUCAGGAGAGCAUCACACAAAUUGGACAAUAUCUGUUGACUCUACCGCAACAUCUGGAGCCGCUGCUGUUGUCGCCAUCGGCGUUGCUCAAGCAGGCGUUGGAGUUGUGCAACAUCAAGUAUACGCAGGCUAUUCCUUGUGCGGAUGUGCUGCUGUCGCUAGUCGUGGAGCAAUGCUGUGUGCUCUACCAGGCGCAGAUACUGCAAAUCAAGUCACUUCCCGCUUCAUCGGCCACACAGUUGAGCGUGGAUAUUGAGUAUUUGUCGAAUGUGCUGGAGGAACUUGGUCUAACCAUCAACUUACAGCUAUCACAGAUUCUAAUUCUGCUAAAAGCGGCACCAGAGCAAUAUCUUAGCCUGAGCAGCGGUUGCGAACCGCGACUUGUGACAGCCAUAAGGCAAAUGCGCAAUAUUAUAUCCACGCAAUAAUUGUAAUCAGUAUGCACAAUAUAUCUAUGUCUAUAUUACCUAUAAAA